UUACUAAUACUAAGGUAUUCAGGAAUAAUAUCUAACCAAAUAGAUGUGUAUAUAUAUCAGGUAAGUAGCAGGAAAUUCUUUCUCAGAAUCCCAAACUCCAUCACCAAUCAACCUCUUCGUUCAUUAUCAUUGAAUGGAUUUCAACGCAAACACUGCCUCCCAUAGCCCUGUUACUCCUGAGCACCUAAAUAACCGUAAAUCCGAGCCAAUGGGGGUCGAUAAUUUCGAGAACAAGACUGUUUCCAAACCGCCGUCGGAAGAUGCGCAGGAUUCCGCUGAUGCCGGACCCGAUCCAGAUUCCUUCCCAGACGGCGGCUUUCAAGCAUGGUUCUGCAUUGCUGGUGGAUUUUGCACGGUAUUUUCUAGCUUUGGUUGGGUGAACUGCAUUGGCAUAUUUCAAGACUACUAUCAAGCUCACCAACUUUCAUCAUACUCGCCUAGCGCCGUAGCGUGGAUACAAGCGACAGAAUCAUUCGUGCUUUUCUUCUUCGGUUUAUUUUCUGGAAAGCUGACAGAUAACUACGGUCCUCGGUGGCCCUUAUUGUUCGGAUCUAUCCUGCACGUUUUUGGGUUGAUGAUGAUUUCGAUAUCCAAAGAGUAUUAUCAAAUAUUUCUUUCGCAGUCCAUCGUCAGUGCGAUCGGCACAAGCUUCUUAUUCUAUCCUACUAUUGCUGCAGCAGGGACCUGGUUCAAAAGGCACCGAGCGCUCGCUUUCGGCAUCAUGGUCUCCGGAUCUAGUCUUGGUGGUGUCGUACUUCCAAUCAUGAUCCAACGUUUGAUCCAGGAUGUCGGCUUUGGGUGGGCAAUGCGCAUCACCGCAUUCCUUCUUCUCGGGCUUCUGAUUUUCGGCAACAUAGCCAUCAAGUCUCGACUGCCCCCCGUUCCAAAACCAUUCACGUUAAAAGAAUACUUCGUACCGUUUUCCGAAUUGCCAUUCUUACUUCUGGCCAUUGGCUCAUUCUUCGUUUACGUCGGUGCUUUCUUGCCAUUUAAUUACAUCGUUCUCCAAGGCAGGGAUGCGGGUCUAUCAGGCCUCGCGGAUUAUCUGGUCCCGAUGAUCAACGCCGCGAGUAUCUUCGGAAGAAUCUUCCCUGCCCAUCUCGGGGAUGUAUACGGCGUUUUCAACAUUUGUAUCAUCUUCACUCUCCUCUCUGGAAUCAUAUCUCUUACGCUAUGGCUCGCGGCGUCGUCAACUGCGCCGAUUAUCGUGUUCGCCAUAAUAUAUGGAUUCUUGUCUGGCCUUACUCUUGCUAUCAUCCCAGCACUGGUAGCUUCGAUAUCGGAUCUGCAUAAGCUUGGAUUCCGCGUCGGCGCGCUAUACGCUUUUUCGUCUUUUGGCACUUUGAUCGGUAGUCCUAUCGCCGGGGCUAUUGUAACAUCUCAGGAUGGCGGUUAUUCUGGCCUGAAGAUAUUCUGUGGUGUAGCACUGAUCACGGGCGGUAUUUUUAUCAUAUUUUCACGGAUGAAAUUAGCUUCUGGAUUCAUGGUUAAAGUAUAGGCAAUAUUUAUAAAUACCUACAGACAAAUAACUCGGUUACCCUGACCCAAAAUAACAUAGGUACGUAAAUAAGAUAUAAGGGGAGAAACAGACGGCAACAUACGGAAUAAUAGAAGGAGUCAUAUCACUUACUUAAACUCUGCAUAACUCAUAUUGAAGCAUCAGUGUCUCGUUUAAUACCUAGGUAUCUAUGUCCAGCGUAGAUACCGAGAAGAAACCCGCCCUACCCCCUAUAAUACAUGAAAG